AUGUUUCUUCAGCACCAUCCAUUUGCAAGCCAAAAAAAAAAAAAUAAAAAGCAGAUAUAUUUUAUUUUUGUGAUUCGUAGCCAAAAGAGCGAAAAACUAAUGGAAAUUCGGUGCAGUAACCGCGUUGCAAUGGAAAAACGUGAUUAGGGUUUAUGUGCGAGCAACGUUUUGCAUUGGAGUUUCGUAUUCCGAUAGCACGGCCGAUACCCCCUCGCAUCCGGAGUGGUUCUUCUCUGCUGUUGAUAUAAAUUUUUUGUUUUCAUUACGAAACCUCGGUCUGCCCGCAGGCAGGACACCGACACCGAUCGGGACCAGGAUUGGGAUUAGGCAAACAGUGACCACAUUCUUAUUGCAAUGGCCAUGCACUCGUACAUGCGGACGGGCCCCAGCCAUAGUCAGACUCAAGCGAGUAGCCAGGCGAGUCCGGACGAGAUGAAUGGCUUCCUCAAAGAUAAGCAGGCCUGGGAGCACGCCAUAUCGCUGUACCAGGGACCGGAUCCCCUCGAUCAUUGGUACAACUACAUAUGCUGGUACGAGAACCUUGCGCACAGCGAUCCGGAGCUCAAGUUCCGCGAGACCCUCGAGCGCUGUCUGACCGAGUACGAGCACAGCGAAUACUACAGGCAGGACGCACGCAUGGUGCGCCUGUGGCUCAAGUAUAUAGCCAUGCAAACGGAUCCGCUGCACUUCUAUCAGGUGCUCUUUCAGCGGGGCUCUGGGCGCCAAGUGGCUGCCUUCUAUAUUGGCUGGGCCAGCUACUAUGAGUCGCGGGAGCAGUUCAAGGAUGCCGAGGCUGUAUUUAACCUGGCCUUCCAGGAGAAGGCCCAAAGCAAUGCCGAGCUCCAACAUGCGCACACCAAGUUUACCUACGCCCGAUCAUUGCAUUAUCAGCGACAACAGCAGCAGCAACAGCAGGCGCAGGUGCAGGCACAACAGCCGCAGCCGGAUGCCUUGCAACAGCUGGCCAACUACGCACAGCAGCUGCCGCAAAGCUAUGCGCCACAACAACCACGUCCACAGCCGCCAUAUCAACAGCAGCACGCCUCUGUUUAUCAGCAAUAUCCGCAACAGCAACAGCAGCCACAACAGCCGCCACCGCCACCUCCGGCUCAUUCUCAGGAACAGGUGGCGGCAUAUCAGACGCACUACCAGGAUCAGCCGCGCUACGAACAGCAGCAGCAGCAGCAGGUCCCUCCACCUGCCACAGCACAUGUUCCUCCGCAGCAGCAGCAGCAGGCGGAGUAUGCGCCUCAGGCGCACUUUCAACCACCCCAGGAGCAGGCUUUGCCACAGUCCCAGCCACAGCCACAGCAGCAGCCACAACCGCACCACCCACAGCCGCAGCCGCAGGAGCCACAGCAGCAGCAUAAUGGCAAUGGGAAUAGCGUGAAUGCAGAAGCAGAAACUCCGUCUCCGUCGCCUGCCAUCUCUGAAGUAGCCGGACUACGUUUGCCGCGCAAUUUCCAUCCGUAUGGGCGGAAUAAUCAUGAGACGUGGAAGCCAGCCCUCACGCUGGAGGAGCCCGACGAUCCAUCGCGUGUCUGUCAUUAUGCCAAGCAAUUGGUUUAUCCGCCAGGCGCUGGCAUCGAGUACAGUCCCGAGGAGAUACUCGCCCGCAAAUACCAACAGAUGCUGGAGGACAAGCAAAAGCCGACGGUGCAACAAGUGCAGCAGGAGCACCAGGAGCAGCAAACACUUUAUGAUUCCUACGAGUCGGAGGCUUCGUACUACAUGACUGCCGUGGAUGGAGCGCUCUAUGGGAACAGAGGUAGCACCAGUGCGGCGGCAGACUCUGCCGAUGAGAAAGCGGCCGAAGAGGAGGCAGGCGAGAUUCCGGAAGAGGAGGAGGAAGCAGAUGAAGACGAGGACGGAGGCGAGCAGGAGGAGGAGGAAGAAGAAGACUCCGAAGAGGAAGAGGAGGAGGAUGACGAUGAAGAGGAGGACAACCAGACUGAAGGAUACACCAAUGGGGGAGUGCAGUUCAGUGCGCAGACAACCUUCGAACAGGACAAUCGCUCUAUCAAGAUCAAGUUCAAGAAGGAGCGCACGCUGGAGAGCAGCAGCACCUACAGUGCCUACACCAUCGAGAAUAUCUACCACCAGCAGCAUCCACAGCAUCAGCAGCAGCAACACCAGCAUCCACAUCCACAACAGCCUCAUGUGCCGCUGGAACCCCAGCCCGCCUGCUCUCCAAUACCAGCAGCCACAGCCACAGCGGGCAUCCAGCGUCAGCGAAACGGAGGCCAUCAUUUCCAUCCAUAUCUGCAUGUGCAGACAUCGACGCCGAAGAGCGAGGCGAAUGGCUAUCGUCGGUCCCGCGCCAAGGUCAAGCGGAGCAAAUUCCAGCCGGAUCUGUGCAGCAACAGCAACUCCUCCUCGGCAGCAGAUGUGGCCGGAGUGGCCUCUGGAAAUGCGGCAUCUGCUUCGGCUGCUGCUGCUGUGAAUGCAGGCACUGCCUCGGCCAGUGCCGCCCUGCCCAUACACAAUGCUACCUUCAAUGACAAUGCAAACUUCUCCUUCUCGAGCGCCACGGCCCUGGACAACUCCAACAAUUCGCUGGCCCUGGCUGUGGAUCGCCUACACUUCCGCGACACCUCGCAGGCGAAUGCCUCCGGCAACAAGACGCUGCAAACGCACAACAACAAUAAUUACAACACAAACAACAAUGGCAACUCGACGGCGACACUGGCGGACUUUUCCACGUUCCAGGAGAACUCGUACUUUGCCACCCAGCACGACACGGAAGCGCAGGAGCGCCGGCGGUCGAAGGCCGUAGAGACCAUAGCCCGGCAUCUGGCCAAGGAGACAAUCGAUCCGUUCAACAGCGAGCUGUGUCGGGCCUUCCUCACCAAACUGAAUUUUCCCGGCGACGAUGACGACCAUGCCAGCUACAAGAUCGUACAAACGCCACUGCCAAAAAUUUCCAAUACGCGCACCCUGAACGUCCUCGAGGGGGUGCAGUUCAACAUUGACAAGGAGGUGGGCCGUGGCUCCUUUGGCUCCGUGUACAAGGCCACCGACUCGCGGACAGGCAAUGUGGUGGCCCUCAAGUACCAGAAGCCACCAAACACCUGGGAGAUUUACAUAUGUGAUCAGGUACUGAAACGCAUCAAGGAGCCGGAGGUGCUGCCGGGACUGAUGGACAUUUCAACGGCGAUAAUUGCGCCGAAUGCCAGCCUAAUAGCCACCGAAUUCUCGCCCUUUGGCUCCCUGCUGGACAUCAACAACAAGAUCCGUCAGGCCACCACCAAAGUGAUGCACGAGUCCCUGGUCAUGCAUUUCACGGCGCAGAUAUGCAACAUUGUCGAUCAUCUGCAUCGCCAGCACAUCGUCCAUGCGGACAUAAAGCCGGACAACUUUCUGCUGAUGCGUGUGCCCAGCGUGGACAGCCCGCUGCCCUCGCUGCGACUCAUAGACUUUGGUUGUGCGAUCGACAUGUCGCUCUUUCCCGAUAGAGAGCACACAAAGUUCCGCAAGGUUGUGCAGACCGAAAGCUUCACCUGCAUCGAGAUGCAGGAGGGUCGCCCCUGGUCAUACGAAACGGAUCUCUUCUGCAUUGCGGCCACCGUCCAUGUGAUGCUGUUCGGCGAGUAUAUGCAGCCGCAGAAGCGCGGCGCCACAUGGGACAUACGCCAGAAGCUGCCGCGCUACCUCAAGAAGCACGUUUGGUCGAAGUUCUUUGGCGAGCUGCUCAAUAUGCAGGCAGACAAGCUGCCCGCUCUGCGGGAUAUGCGCGACAUCAUCGAGGAGGAGUGCUAUCGCAUGGACUCGGAGCUCCAGAAGCAGAUACGCACUCUCUCCAACAUCCUGCAUCGACGAUAACCAAGCAUUCGCCGUUCCACUCUAUUAUAUUAGUUUUAUUUCUAUCUCUACAAACAUUUUCAUUUAACCUGUUGACUCAAGUCAACCUUUGAAACACAUGAAAUAGGACCCCUUCUCGUGGAUGGCCACGAAAAACAUUUCCACAAACUGUUUAAAAAAGCUAAAAGCCCACCAGGGCUAAUUCUGGCAGGCAACACACAUUAUAUUGCUUAGGUUUAAAGUGUAAUAACCCUCUAUUUAUUUUAUUUCGAUGCCAAAAACCAAUCAAACGAACGCUAAACAAACAUUCAGAUUCUGUAAAUAUUUUAGCCACAGACUCGACCCAAAAGCCAAGACUUUUGAAAUGAGUUUGUGAAAAACACAAUUACUAAAGUGUAAUUUUUUAUGUAUAUGUCCAGCAAA